AUGGGAAAUACGCACAGUCGAGGAACUAUGUCGGAAAAUAUCAAGGAUGUUUCGAUGGUAGACGUUAGCAGUGCCGAGGAGGCCGACAGAAGAGGUUCUCAAAGGGCCAUAGUGCAGAGCUUUUCCAAAUUGGAUAUCGGCGACCAUGCAAGUACUGGAGCGCCCUUGCUGCGCAGAAGAUCAACUUUGAUUUUUGACGACGACGACGAUGCCCCUAGACACGAGGAAAACGUAGGCGACUCGUCGGAACUGAACGAUUUUGGAGGCCCUUCCUCGGAGUCUUCCUCUUCAGCGUCUGUUUUCAACCAACAACAACAACUGCAACUGCAACAAGACCAGGAAAAGCUGAUGCUUUCGGACCACCACCAGCAGCAGCAGCAGCAGCAGCAGCAGCAACAACAGCAACAACAGCAACAAGUUGGGUCAAAAAGUGGGAGCGAAACACCAACUGGAGAGACACCAGCUGGCCAAACGCCCAAAAGUGUGGUACCCGUAGAAAUAACGUGGCAACAGGGUGGAUCCAAGGUUUACGUUACUGGUUCUUUCACGGGCUGGCGGAAAAUGAUAGGGCUGGUGCCGGUACCAGACCAAGCGGGAGUUUUCCACAUCAAGCUACAGUUACCUCCAGGAACGCAUCGUUUUCGGUUUAUUGUCGAUAAUGAGCUGCGAUUCAGUGAUUAUAUGCCAACGGCUACUGACCAAAUGGGAAACUUCGUGAACUAUCUGGAAAUCGCGUCGCCACAUGAGUCGCAGGAUCAAGUACCAGAGAUGCGUGAAUCGCAACAAGACAACCAGCUGCAGGAUCAACAGCAAAAUGCAGCGCUACAGCAGCAACAAGAACAACAACAAUUGCAGCUGCAAUUGCAACAACAUCAACUGGCCCAGCAGCAACAGCAACAACAGCAACAACAACAAUUGCAUCAAAUACAGCAACCACGGCAUCAGAAACCACAACCAAUUGAACAACUUGACAAGAAACAGGAUCGGAAGCAAGCAAAAUCUGAGCCUCUGAGCGCGCGCUCAAAAUUAGCUUUGCAAAUCGAAGAAGAACCGGAUGAUAUGGGUGAUGGAUACAGUAGGUUCCAUGGUGGUCAGGAAGCCUCACCUGACUACAGCUUCACUACAGAUAUUCCUGCCGUGUUUACCGAUCCCUCAGUGAUGGAACAGUACUAUCUCACUUUAGACCAACAGCAAGGAAAUCAACAGAACAUGGCGUGGUUGACUCCACCACAACUUCCUCCACAUCUCGAGAACGUCAUAUUGAACAGCUACUCAAACAGCUCAGAACAGGGAGAUUCUGGUAGCGAAAACAACUCUGGCGCGUUGCCAAUCCCAAACCACGUCGUGCUGAAUCAUCUCGCCACUAGUAGUAUCAAGCACAACACUCUAUGUGUUGCCAGCAUCGUCCGAUACAAACGCAAGUACGCUACUCAAAUGCUAUACUCUCCACUACAAUAG